AUGCUCAGUUUUAUUUCCUUACAACAACCUACUCCCGAAAAUAUAAUAUUCUCUGCAUAUCAUUGUACAAUAAACUUAAUUUUUUUAUCAAACGCCCACUUGUAUCUAAAACUCAAAGAACAUAAUGAACAGCUCCUAUCGACCCAUCUGCAAUCAAACUACGGUUUUUAUUUGACAUCCAUCGAGAUAAUGGAAAGUGACCUCUUUAGACCGGUUUGCCUGUUACUUCAGACAUUGGAGGAUUCACGCCACCGAGGCGGUGUAAAUGAAGAUGCAGAGCAGUGUGUUGUAACUACUCAGAACAAAAAAAGCAAUCUAAAAGUUCCACCUUAUAAUCCACUACACGAUCUUAUUGGUCUACCCCCAAUCACCGAUGCAUCAACAAAUGUUCCACCGUCUGGACUAAAUGAUCCCUACGUUUGGAAUCAGUACACAAGAAUCCAUUGA